AUGGGAUAUGCGUUGCUUGGUAUUGAUCUGGGUGUUAUGGAACCAAAUUAUUCGGUUUCGACUGCUUGUGCUAUACUUCAAAUUACUAUUUCUAUUCUGCUGCAAAUCACAUUCGUUGAGGUAAGGCUGAUGACUGCUGGCGGAACCGGAGUUGCCUAUUCCCAGGUUUCAAGACCAUUUUCAGAUUCACCGCCAACUCAUUACACUCUAAAAAUAGAGUCGUUUUCGUUGCUAAAGAAGUAUUCGGUGGAUAGAUUUGAGUCAGGGGAGUUUGAUGCUGGAGGAUACAAAUGGAAGAUACAGCUCUAUCCCAAGGGAAAUUGCCGUGGAAAGGAUACUCAUGUUUCUCUUUACUUAACAUUGGCUAAUCCAGAAAAGCUAUCUCCUGCCUCCAAAAUACUUGCACAGUUUACUCUUCACAUCCUUGCAGGUGGUCGAUCUUUCAGUGCCUCGAUUCCGUCUUGGGGUUGGCCUGAUUUCAUUACAUUGGGCAAUUUCGAACAGUUAGACAAGGGUUAUUUGGUGAAGGAUACUUGCUUAGUCGAGGCAGAGGUCACUGUCCAUGGAAUUUGCUAA